CCCAGGAUCUGCAGAGGCAACCAGACAGGCAUCAAUGUGUGUUCGUUUUUCACACAGCCGUAGCAUCUCCUCCGUCCUUUCCAUUCCUUCACUCUCUUCUUGUUGGAAAGGCAUGGCUCCACGAACGCGCUCCGCAAAAGCAUCUUUGGCGACCAGAAACUUGACAAAUGCCGAUGUCGAUUCCGAUGGCACCUCCACCCCUCCAACACCGACUUUUAACGGAACACUUAGCAGAUUCCAAUAUGCUUCUACCUCAACAUCCACCGAGGUCGUUACAAGCACACCAGGAGGCUCACCCGCAUUAUCCGCAAAACGAACCCGAACGGUGACCGUGACUGCUAUUUCCGAAACAUCACCCCGUCCGAAGAAGCGGCAGAAGCCCAGCAGAUAUGCCCAUCCAUCCAAAUACGCCCAUCUGUCACCUCUCGUCGACAUCCUCGAGCCGAACCUCAUCUGCGUCUUCGUCGGCACCAAUCCCGGAGUGCAGACGGCCACCGCUGGCCAUGCCUACGCCCAUCCCUCGAACCUCUUUUGGAAGCUCCUGCACUCUUCCGGUCUGACGGAUCGCCGCUUGAAACCAGAGGAGGAUCGGAGCCUACCGGCCCUGUAUUGUAUGGGCAACACAAACAUAGUGGACAGACCGUCAAAGGAUGCUGCCGAGCUGUCGAAGGAGGAGACGGCGGCUGGUACCGCCAACUUGGAUGCGAAAUUCCUAAAAUACAAGCCCGAAGCCGUAUGCAUAGUCGGCAAGGGCAUAUGGGAGGCCAUAUGGCGAUACCGAUAUGGCCGGAACAUGAAGGCUUCCGAGUUCAAAUAUGGUUGGCAGGAUGCGGAGCACAACAUGGGCAAGAGCGAGGGAGAGGAGGUGCUGGAUCACAAUGCCAACGUCUGGCAAGGCGCAAGGGUCUUCGUCACGACUUCAACGAGUGGACUGGCGGCGAAUCUGAAGCCGGCGGAGAAGGAGGCGAUAUGGAGACCGUUUGGGGAGUGGGUGCAGAGGAGGAGGGCCGAACGGGGUUUUGAACCAAGACUGGUGGGAGACGCUUCUCCACCGCGCAUCCACGGCUAGUAGACCAUCCUCCCCCAUCCAUCUCCCAUCUUUCCGGAGCAACGGCAGGACACAAUCUCCUCAGUGGUGACGAAGGACGUGGCUGAGCUGGUGUGGCUGUGCUCGUUCCCCUCGCUGACAUAAUGCUACCUCCGCGGCGUUGGCCAACCAGCCAGCGUUGCCCGUCCCUCGUUGACGUUUGGACCUUGGAAGAGAUCACCAUGACCAAACUCCGCUCUCAUCCGUUCCGGAGACAGGGCCAGGGCCAUGUGCCCGCCGAGGUGAAAGGGCAUUGCGGGCACUUUUGCCCCCCUUAAGAUAGUAGACAACGGAAUCUGAACCAAAAACAGCU